UUUCCGCUUUUAGUCUGUCACGUGGAUUGGGUCUGCGCUUGCGUAGAGGUUCGCCGGGAUCCGGAAAUGGUUGAGCUAGCUGGUGCGACUGCGCCCGGCUGCGCGGACUGAGGAAAGCAGGCUGCUGCUGCGCUUUUGGCCUUUUUGCAGGGCCCAAACCUGAUGUCUUUGCCCUGCCCCAGGGCAUAGCUGCAGCAGUUUUUUUUCAACUUCUUUAAAGGACAAUGAAAGGUUAAUAUAAAUUAAAAUCCUGUAUUUAUGACACAAUUUCAUACACUAAUGAGCACUGAGGAUUCUAACUGUACAACACUGCAGGGGACCCUAUGCCGCAGCACAUGAGAUGAGUAAAACCACACAAACAAUAGGAGGACCCCCUACAGCCCCUUCCCCUGGACUCUCACAAACAGCUUUCCCUUCUGCUCCUGCGGCCCCUGUUGUGUUCGGGCCCCCACAGCCCCCACAAAUGAAUACACAAUCUCAGCCUCGACAGCAUUAUUAUCAAAAUAGGACACAGCCUCCCACUAGUGCCACCAGAGUGCAGAGUGGUUCUUCUGCUCGAGCAGUUACUCCAGCCCAUGUGUAUCAACCAGGCUCCCAAGUUAUGAUGAUUCCUUCACAGAUUUCAUACCCUUCCCAGGGAUACUACAUUCAGGGACAGGGACGCUCAUAUGUGGUGCCCACAAACCAGUACCCUGUGCAGACUGGGGCUCCAGGUUUCUUCCCCAGUGCAAGUCCCUCAGAAUAUGGCACAUAUGCUGGAGCAUAUUACCCUGCACAACAGACGUUCCCUCCUGGAGUGCCUGGAGCACAAGUUAUGAUGAAUCAGCCACAGGUGAUCCCUCCUAAACGGGAGCGCAAAACGAUAAGAAUUAGAGACCCCAACCAAGGAGGCAAAGAUAUCACAGAAGAAAUUCUCUCAGGAGGAAGAACAUCCUCUACGCCAACGCCUCCACAGUCAACUGUGGGAAGUUCUGAAAUUCAAGCUAAUGGAGAAAGCGUUCAUCAUGUUACCGUUGUUGUGCGCCCAGAUGAUGGACCCAAGGCCACCCAAGUGCUGAUCAAAGCCUCAGAGAGCCCUUCCCCUCCUCUGCCUCUCUCUGAAGCUGAGCCAAGCAUAGCAAAUGUGUGUGAUAUUUCAAAAGAUAACACUAUCUCUGAGUUGACUUCUCAUAUAGUAGAGCCCCUAAGUUCAGAAGAGACAACCAUUGAUACUUCUACCUCUCAGGUGGAUCUCAAACACCAGCCAGUGGCUGCUAUGGCAGAGCAUGAAACUCUUAUAGAGGAGGCAUCAAUACAGGAGGUGGCCUUUGCAGAGGCACCCAUCGCUCAAUCAGAGAUACCAAAAUCUCUUGCCUCCCAGCCUCUAGCAGAAAUCUCUACCCCUGAACAGAUUUCUAAACUUGACGCACAAGUGCCAUCUUUGCAACAAGAGGAGUUACUUACAGAAACUGUUGAACUUAAUUUAAGCAAUCAGGCUCUUCCUUCACAAAUUUCUGAGCCUGAACCUUUUGAACCUGAGGCUUCAGCUUCAGAUCCUCUACAUGAGGAGCCCACAGAGCCCACAGUUUCAACAGAAGAACCACAAGCUAAUGGACUGUCUGAGGAGACACCAGUAUUACCUGUACAGCCACAACCAACAUCUGUUUGCCAGACUGAGCCCUCCCUAGAAUCCCCCAUCGCUCAGCCUGAGGAGCUGCUUCUAACAAAUGGAGGUGGACCACCUGGCCUACAAGAAAAUGAUGCACCUGAUUCACAGGUUGAAGCUCAUGUUAGCCCAAUCACUGAGCCUGAGGACCAACCUGUGACAGUCUCUGAUAACGUGCUUGUGGAAGAGGAUGUAGAAAAAACAUUGCCUGCGGAUACGGAAGUCGUGGCUUCAACCCAAGUUGUAAAGCAGAGCUCCGAGAGUCAGUCUCAGGUUGCUGUUGCUGCACCCAAGAAAAAGCGAAAAAUGAAGGAACUAAACAAGAAAGAGGCAGUGGGAGAUCUCCUUGAUGCGUUCAAAGAGGCUGGUGAUGGCUCUUCUGAUGUGGAUUCUUCCUCUAAGCCUACCAGUGCUGCACCUGAACCAGAUCAGAGCCCUUGUGCUCCUCCUGAGGAACAGGAUGAAACUUGGGAAGAGAAGGAAGAUAAACUGGAUGCAGAGAAUAUUAAACCAGGAGAACAUAAAUAUAAAUACAAAGAAGAGCAAUGGAAACCCCUAAACCCGGAGGAAAAGAAGAGUUAUGAUCGCGAGUUUCUGCUAGGGUUCCAGUUUAUUGUGGCCAGUAUGCAGAAACCUGCGGGUCUUCCUCAAAUUACUGAUGUGGUGCUGGAUAAGGCAAACAAAACUCCAUUGCGACCAUUGGAUCCUACACGUCUGACGGGAAUGAACUGUGGGCCAGAUUUUACACCUUCAUUUGCCAACCUUGGUCGGCCUGCUGUGGGUAACCGUGGACCACCAGCUGGCAUGGGUCCGAGACGGUCCCAGCAGGGUCCACGAAAAGAGCCUCGUAAAAUUAUUCAAACCGUAUCAUUAAAUGAGAAUGUACAACUAAACAAAGCUGAAAAGGCAUGGAAACCGAUAAACAAGAGAGCUGGCGAUGAGGAGGACCCAGAAAAUAUUAAGACACAGGACCUAUUCCGAAGGGUUCGCAGUAUCUUGAAUAAGCUGACCCCUCAGAUGUUCCAGCAGCUGAUGAAGCAGGUCACUGACCUUACUAUUGAUACCGAAGAUCGUCUUAAGGGUGUCAUUGACCUAAUUUUUGAAAAAGCCAUUUCAGAACCCAAUUUCUCUGUUGCAUAUGCCAACAUGUGUCGUUGCCUUAUGGGGCUUAAAGUUCCAACCACAGACAAGCCAGGGGUUACAGUCAACUUCCGCAAGUUGUUACUGAAUCGGUGCCAGAAGGAGUUUGAGAAGGAUAAGGAUGAUGAUGAAGUGUUUGAGAAGAAACAAAAAGAAAUGGAUGCUGCUGCUUCGCCGGAGGAAAAAGCACGUUUGAAUGAUGAACUGGUCGAGGCCCGUGACAGUGCACGACGGCGAUCCUUGGGGAACAUUAAGUUCAUUGGAGAACUGUUUAAGUUAAAAAUGCUGACUGAAGCUAUAAUGCACGAUUGUGUGGUGAAGCUAUUAAAAAAUCAUGAUGAGGAAUCUCUGGAGUGCCUCUGCCGACUGCUGUCCACCAUUGGCAAGGACCUGGAUUUUGAGAGAGCUAAGCCACGUAUGGACCAGUACUUCAACCAGAUGGAUAAAAUCAUUAAGGAGCGGAAGACAUCUUCACGAAUUAGAUUCAUGCUGCAGGAUGUGAUUGAUUUGCGUCUGUGUAAUUGGGUGCCUCGUCGUGCAGAUCAGGGCCCUAAAACUAUAGAUCAGAUUCAUAAAGAAGCAGAAAUGGAAAAGCAGAGGGAGCAGGUUAAGGUGCAACAACUGAUGUCUAAACAAGACAAGCGGCGAGAGCCCCCAGGACGACCCACUGGAAGCCGGGGUAACCAGCCUGCAGAUGAUGGCUGGAAUACAGUGCCCAUCAGUAAGGGCAGCCGUCCUAUUGACACCACUAGGAUCACAAAGAUAACAAAGCUUGGUGCUAUUGAUUCAAAUCAACUGCUUGCCCCAGGAGGACGUCUGAGUUGGGGUAAAGGAAGCAGCGGAGGAACUGGAGCCAAACCAGCAGAAACAGCUCCAGAAUCUAGUCGGCCUGCGACCAGCACCUUAAACAGGUUUUCUGCCUUGCAGCAGUCUUCAUCUGCUGAGAGUCAAGAUGCUAGACGGCCCUUGCAUCGGGGAAGUUCUAGUCGGGAACGUUCUGAAAAAGAUCGUGGAGACAGAUUUGAUAGAGGUGAAAGGUUUGAUAAGGGAGAACUGUUUGAUAGAUCUGACCGUUCAGAUCGAGCUCGUCCUCUUCUUACAAAGAGAAGCUAUAGCAAGGAAACUGAGGACCGUAGCCGAGAAAGAGAGGCCCAUAUACCACAGGAGGCUGUGAGGAAGGUGGCAAGUAUGACUGAGCAGCGGGACCGCAGCAAAGAAAGUGUGAAAAAAGAAAUUCCAGCACCGACAGCAGUGGUUGCCUCAUCAAAGCCCUCUAUGUCUGAGGAUGAGCUAGAGAAGAAAUCUAAAGCCAUCAUAGAAGAAUAUUUGCACAUUAAUGAUAUGAAGGAAGCUCUUCAGUGUGUAGUGGAGCUUAAUAGUUCAACGCUGCUUUUUAUCUUUGUGCGGAAUGGGAUUGAGUCAACACUAGAGAGAAGCACUAUUGCCAGAGAGCAUAUGGGUCUCCUUUUGUACCAGUUAGUAAAGGCAGGAACUCUGUCCAAGGAGCAGUAUUACAAAGGGGUGCUUGAAGUUCUUGAAGUAGCAGAAGAUAUGGAAAUAGAUAUACCCCACAUCUGGCUGUAUUUAGCAGAGAUAAUCAGCCCUGUGCUGCUAGAGGGGGGGAUUCCGAUGGGGGAGCUGUUCAGAGAGCUGACCAAACCUUUAGUGCUCAUUGGCAAAGCUGGAGUCCUUCUGGCAGAAAUCCUUGGAUUAUUGUGCAAAGGCAUGAGUCAUAAGAAGGCUGGAGCCCUGUGGAAAGAAUCUGGGCUAAGCUGGAAGGAAUUCUUGUCCAAGGACCAGGAUAUUAACAAGUUUAUAACUGACAAGAAACUCGAAUACACAACAGGAGAGGAGACUGAAACACCCAGUAAGAAAGACCUCACCCCUGCUGAACUUGAUAAAAUUUUGACAAAACUUUUGAAAGAGAACAGCAGUAACCAGAAGAUAUUUGACUGGAUUGAAGCCAACUUAAAUGACCAGCAAACUUCAUCCAACACCUUUGUUCGAACUUUAAUGAGUACUGUGUGCCACUCUGCUAUUAUUUUUGAGAAUCCUUGUAGGGUUGAUGUUAAUAUUAUCCAUACUAGAGCCAAAUUUCUUCAGAAAUAUUUAAGUGACGAGGCCAAGGAACUACAGGCUCUCUAUGCUCUACAGGCACUUGUUGUAAAGCUUGACCAGCCCCCAAAUCUCCUACGGAUGUUUUUUGAUGCUCUCUAUGAUGAGGAUGUGAUAAAAGAGGAUCCAUUCUACAAGUGGGAGUCCAGCAAAGACCCAGCUGAACAGCAAGGAAAAGGUGUUGCUCUUAAAUCUGUCACUGCCUUCUUCACAUGGCUACGGGAAGCAGAGGAUGAGUCUGAUAAUUAACAGUGCAGGCCAAAAGUAAUGCCUGUCAUCCUUUCUCUGUUUUCCUCUGGGCUUCCAUUUUUUUUUUUCUUUUGCUGUUGUAUUCACACCACCCAAGCUCUAAUGGACUUCACCAGAAAACACAAAUACUCAUGAUUCUGCUUUUAAAAGAAAAAUUGACAUUGGCUUAAAUGAUGACCAAGGUCAAAUUGCUAGGAGAGCCUGGAGUAAAAUUAAAAGAUGGUAGGAAUCCUGGUACAGAGAUUGGGCGUGGAGCCUGGCGCGCACACAGCUGUGCACACUGUAAAGGUUUCUUGCAUUUUUGGAUUUUUUUUUUUUUUGGAAACAGUUUCUUUGGGGUUCACUUUAAUAAAUGAGUACUUGAUACAUUUUGGGACUGCUGAAAGAGGGAUGGAAGCUGUGCCCUUCUACCCUCUGUGUUGUCACACAACGGGGCACAGGCAGACUUCUCUUACGCUUGCUGAUGUGAUUUUUUUUUUUUUUUUCUUUUUUUCAAGAGCAGACUGGAGACCACAUGUUUCAGUGGGAUGUUGCAUCUGUUCUUCCCUUCUGCUCUUGAUGUCUGAAAUAUAGAUAUAAAUAUAUAUAUAUUAUAUAUAAAUAUAUAUAAUUAUUGCAAAUUGUUUUAGGUUGAAAGAUGGCAACAGGUGCCAUUUUUGAACCUUGUGUUUCUGAUCUCCUGCCCACACGGAGUUCAGGAAGAUGGCUGAAAUUCAUUGUUUGCUUUUUAUAUGCAAAUUAGUAAUCUAAUGAAUUCCUAACAGAUCUGAAACAAUCCACAUUGGUGCGUACUCUACCAACUGCUGAUAUUUUUUUUCCAUUUUUUUUUUUUGUUUUUUUUUUUGUUUUAUAUAUAUAUAUCCCCUGUUCCAGGGGGAAUGAAAAGGACUUAAUUUUAUUAUGUUAAGAUCACCAAGUGUUGGAGAUGCACCCCUUAAACCCAUGCAAAUUCUGUAUUUAUAGAGAAAGCAAAACCUUUUGGUUAUUUUCCCUCCCCAUAUGUUCUGGAGGUUCUUGUAAUUAUGAAACAAACUAAGGAUUGAAUUCAAUUUGUAAAUACAUUUUUGCUUUCUUUAUUAAGUAUUUAAUGAUUCUGACCUACAGAUUUCCUGCAAAACCUCUUUUCACAGAAACUGGAAAUAAAUGAGAACAUUACAUAAAUUGUGCUA